AAAAGUCUCAUAAGUCUGUAAUAUUCCUGACCAGCAUUGCAUACGUGGAAAACCGUGACUUAUAACAAUGGCUGUGAGUAGUGGAGUGUCGGCUCUUUUGUCUGCUAUCUUAGCAGUAGCCCUGUUUGCGGGUAUGCAGACCUACCGGAUCCAACUGGCUGAUUCAGAAUGGCUUACAAUAUUUGGUGGCUUUCUCGGAGCUGACCUUUUCAUCUUGAUUUUGACUUGCAUCAGUAAUAUUGAAACUAUGCUCUUUGGCAAAGGAUUUCAGGCUAAACUAAUACCAGAAGUUGCUGGAGCUCUUGUUGCUGCUAUGUUUGCAUCAGGUCUAGUUCAUAGAGUGUGUGUCACAACCUGCUUCCUGUUUUCCAUGGUGGGCUUGUACUACGUCAACAAAGUCUCCCAGACAACGUACGCACCGUUCACAACAGCUGCUACAUCACUCAAGAAAAAGAAAUAAAUUACUUUUUUACCAGCGGAGCUUUUUUCCCCCUCCAAUGCAUCAUUGCUAGUUAGUAUCCCCCUAGAUGUUAUGAAAAAUGAAUCGUGCAGAAUCCAUACAAAAUACAAAUAAAUGAUUAGUAAAUGGCCUCUGUCAAUCAAAGUGUGUAGAGAAUGAACUCAUUUAGCAAAUAGGUGAGGAACGUUAGGCUGCUCCGGUUUAUCCAUUUAACAAGUACAUGUCGUUCUAAAUAAUGUUUCACCAAGUCUUCUUGAGAUUGUUAACUCUUUGUGUGCUACUCAAGUAACAUCCCUGUGUCACAUUGUCCCAUGUUACCCAUAAAGUUGGACUGAUUUUUAUUCACUUCUUUUCAUGAAAUGAUUGUUAUAGUAUUCUCAAUCUCAUAGUUCUAGGGAUGCAUCAGUAAAUCUCUGAGAAGAUAUAAACAUUAACUACAUGUAUAAAAGGCAUUGUUUAACAGUGUUCCAGUUGUACAAAUCUGAGAUGCAUGGCCUUACAUGUUAUCUUGAAGCACUUCAUGGUCAUUUUGUAGCCCUGCACAAAUUGCGCUUAGAAAUGAUCAUGAAUUGCUUCAAGUAAGAAUCUUUGAGUGACCAGUUAAGUUUUACCAUACUAAUUUUCCCCAAUAGACUGUAGUGUUAUAAAAACCGUUGGGAAAACAGUUUUUGAAAUUUCGAAUUCCAAUCAUAAAUAUCUUGAUAAUCAGACGGGUGAUCGUCUUGUGAACUUCAUGGGAUUCCUGACUGACCUAAAGGUCAAUAAUUAUGAUUGCAGCAUGCACUAAAUCCAGGAUAUUGUUCAGAAUCUGAGGCAAAGAUACCCAAUCCCUUUAAAAAAUGAAUAAUAUUGUCAGAAUCAUUUCAUGAACAGAGGUUAAGAGAAAUUAUUCAAACUUUAUGGCCAACAGUAUAUUUCUCAAGGACUUUACAGAGUGCAUCUUGUUUGUUUCAAAAUUACCACAUGCAGAUUAUGAAGAAUUUGAUGUAGCCAAGAACGACUUUGAGACUGGGAAUAGGUUAUACUGUGAAGCUUUUAUACAUGUUCCCCUGUGGAUUAGUACCUGUUGUUUGUGACAAAUGGCACUUGUGGCACACUUGUGAAUGUGGGAGUUGGCACUUGUGACAUAGAAAAGGUUAAAUCUUCCAGUUCCCAACAACCCAUUGACUUUUACGAUCAACAAUUUGACAAAAAAGUGAAUUUUCUGAGACUGAGUCAGUCUUUCACAAAAUGAUUUCAUUAAUAGAACUCCAGAUUACCAUAAACAAUAUUCACCCAAAUUAGAUAUAUCGUAUUUUCUAUUUUUAGUUCGUAGCUCAGAUCAGUGACAGCCUUCAGCUUGGAAGUGGGUAGAAUUAUUAAUAGUUACUCACCCUCUAUUAAAUAAACAUCUUAUUCUUGUAUGGUUGUGUGUGGGCUAGAUGUGGUCCAUUUACAGAUUAAAGCAACAAGUUCCUAGGUCACAAAAAAUGAAAGACAAAAAUGUGGGAUUUUCAAAGAAUGUGGGAUGCAUCUAUGAUUUACAGCACAUGGACUCUUGUUAGCACUGAAAUUUGUAAUUGAAAUGAUGCUAUUUGUGUCAUACUUUAUCGAGAGUUGCAAAAUUGUAUGACAUAUUGAAACAAAAAGAUAACUGAAACGGUCACAAUUGAGGGCGAAAAGAAAGAAAAUGACUCCUUUGAACCCAUAAUUUAAAUAAAAACAAUGACAUGAUUAAUAAUUUUUUCCUAAAAACCAGCAAAGAACACAGUUUUUAUGCUUGUCUUUAUCUUUCACCUGUAUUGCCACCCGUAGUAUAUCAAUGGUUUAUAAGAUGGGUGAGUCUUAAACGACUUUCAUGACUUGUUUGCCUUUUAUUACAAUUCAUAGUAUUGGCCUGUGUAUUUUAGCACUAAGCUAUUGUUUCUACGUGGAAUGUGGUAGUAUACAAUACAAUAAAAUACAAUCCAGUACUUUGAUUUUGUUGUUGUUGUUGCUGAACACAAAUCAAUCCAUAUGGUUUUGGGUAGUAAGGUAACCCAGAAAACACAACAUUGAACAAAAGUUUAUCCCAAAUAUAACUUUUAGAUUACUAAUUUUCCCAAUAGAGUUUUAAGGAAAAAAGAAAAUUUGCAGACAUUUUUCUGCAUCAGGAACUUUGAAUUUAGUUAUUUGUAUUAUAGAGUAGAAAUAGUGAAAGAGUAGCAUAAAAGGCAGUAGGGGAUACACGUAGUAAAGCAAUUUAUAGACAACAUAUUUUAUCCUGAUGUAAUCUCUCAUAAAAAACACUCUGAUUCCAAGAAUGGAUACGCUUUCACAUACAUGUUUGUUAUAUGAAUGCGUUAUGUUUAUUGAAAUGUGGACAGAAAUAAAAGAAAACGACAUGUUUGUUUAAAAAGAGA